CGUUUCUUCUUUCAGCCUGGAGCCUGCAGGAGCCCAAUGGUUAAAGAAAGGUCUGAUGAAGUAUUCCUGUCAACUCGCCAUCGACGCAAACACAGUGAGCAGAAAACUCAAACUGUCUGAGGACAACAGGAAGGCGACCCAUGUGGAGGAGCUUCAGUCAUAUCCUGACCACCCAGACAGAUUUGAUGGUCCUCACCUGCUGUGUGCUACUGGUCUGACUGGUCGCUGUUACUGGGAGGUGGAGUGGGAAAGAAAUGUUCGAAUAGCCAUGAGUUACAGGGGGAUCAGAAGGAGGGGAGGUGGUGAUGAUUGUAUGUUUGGAUUUAACAACCAGUCCUGGAGUUUGAGCUGCUCUGAUUGUGAUGGUUACUCUGCUUGGCAUAAUAAGAUAGGGACACCUUCCUCUUUUCCCUCCUCUUCAUCCUCCACUAACAAAGUAGCAGUUUAUCUUGACCGUCCUGCUGGCACUCUGUCCUUCUACAAAGUCUCCUCUGGCUCCCUGAUCCACCUCCACACUUUCAAUCACACAUUCACUGAAGCUCUCUAUGCAGGAUUUACAUGCUGGACUGGUUCCUCAGUAACUCUGUCAAAGAUGUAAUUUUAUUUCUACUUUCUGCUCUGCCAGAAAAACUCUAGAAACUGUUACGAACUUUUAUAUUUUACUACAAUGAUCCUUUAUAUAACAUCCCUGUUUUCAUGUAAAACCAAAAUGAAGAAACUCAAUAUAGAUUUUAUUGUAAUGUUAUUUAAUUUUCUUUAACUCCAUUUCCCAAAGAGACAACGAGAAAACAUGAAUAAUGCUUUGAGAUGCCUUGACGCUCAUUAACUGAUCCACUUCUUUGUGGACAAUAUAACUAUAUAUUACAUAUAGUAAUAAUCCAGUUGUUGGCUUAUCUUAGCUCUGAUGCUUAAUGAUAUGUUCCCUCUAUAACAUUAU